UAAUGCUACUAGGGUUUCAUCUAUUCUCGUCGCGUGCUUGAGAUCGAUUUAGGAGCAAGGAGAGCGGCGGCGACUUAGCGACGAUGGUGGAGAAGGGAAGCAAAGGGAGGAAGGAGGAGGUGGUGACUAGGGAGUACACCAUUAAUCUCCACAAGCGCCUUCAUGGAUGCACAUUCAAGAAGAAGGCCCCUAAGGCCAUCAAGGAGAUCAGGAAGUUUGCCCAGAAGGCAAUGGGGACAACAGAUGUGAGAGUCGAUGUGAAGCUGAACAAGCAAAUCUGGAGCAGGGGAAUCCGCAGCGUGCCAAGGCGCAUUCGUGUGCGUAUCGCGCGCAAAAGGAACGAAGAGGAAGAUGCUAAAGAAGAACUCUACUCUUUGGUUACCGUAGCCGAUAUCCCCUCGGAAGGCUUAAAAGGCCUGGGCACCAUUGUCGUUGACGAAGCCGAUUGAUUUGCUCUGUCGAUCAAAAGUAGCAUUUUAUGUUUGUUUCUUAAUGGUCUAGACUCGGUAGUUAAUUUGUUGUGUUCCUGAGCAACUUUCAUAUUUAUGCUCUUUAUCUUUAUGCACUAUAAAUUUAGCGUGGCUUCAUAUUUCUUUUUUAAAUGAAACUGCUGAUAUUAUUAAGGAAUAAUCUCAACUUCGUUUUUUUCUCUUUUUAA